AUGGUGGUGAAGCUGCAGCCUGAUCCUCUGACACCCACAUGGGCACUUGUUCCCGUCCUGGUCGCUUCACUUCUGGUCCAGCUCUAUGCUAAUAGCCUGGAAAGGGAAGUGGAGACUAGAGAUGCUCAAAAAGCAAUUGGAGUUUCUCUCUCCCACAAUCCCUCGCGCUCUUCCUUUCCAGCUUGGGCCGCGAAGAAGAGCAGCGAGAAGAAGGGUCGUUCUGCCAUCAACGAAGUGGUGACCCGCGAGUACACCAUCAACAUUCACAAGCGCAUCCAUGGUGUGGGCUUCAAGAAGCAUGCCCCUCGGGCACUCAAAGAGAUCCGGAAGUUUGCCAUGAAAGACAUGGGAACUCCAGAUGUGUGCAUUGACACCAGGCUCAACAAGGCCGUCUGGGCCAAAGGAAUAAGGAAUGUCCCAUACCGCAUCCACGUGAGGUUGUCCAGAAAACGUAAUGAGGAUGAAGAUUCCCCAAACAAGCUCUACACUUUGGUUACCUAUGUACCUGUAACCACUUUCAAAAAUCUACAGACAUUCAAUGUGGAUGAGAACUGAUUAAAGUUGUAAAGCUUCCAA